GAAGACCCAGCCCAUUUAUGAGUAUGACCGACUCUUCCACCAAAAAAACCUACGGCCGGUAGUUGACCUCACAACCCCUUUGUUUCCACCCCCAACCCGAUACCCACCCUCGGCGUCUCUUUCCCUCGAUUCCCAUGUCAAUCCAAGGUCAGCUCCUCGAGGUCACAGUGGUCGGAUGCAGCAAGUUGAAGGAUACCGAGUGGUUAUCGCGGCAGGAUCCCUACGUCUGCCUCGAAUACGCCACCACCAAGUUCCGCACCAGGACCUGCACAGAUGGAGGCAGAAACCCUUGCUUUCAGGAGAAGACCACCAUCCCCCUCAUCGAAGGCCUCCGCGAGAUCACCGUCACCGUCUGGAACAGCAACACCCUCACCUUUGAUGAUUUCAUAGGCAGUGGCAGGAUCCAGUUGCAAAGGGUCCUCUCCGAUGGCUACGACGACUCCUCUUGGUCGCUCCAGUCUAAAUCCGGAAAGUUUGCAGGAGAAGUAAAAUUGAUCAUGCAUUAUGCCAAUGCAGGCAAAGCACAAAAGCCUUCGAAGGCCGAAGCUCCGAUGAGCUAUGCAGCAACUGCUCCGGUGUACAAUCCGGCAGCUCAAUAUGCUUAUCCUCCAUACGCAUCGCCGAAAUCGGUGGCGGCUCCUCCUUCCUAUCCUCCGACCGGAGGUUACCCUUCUUCGAGCCCUUAUCCGGCUGCAUAUCCUUCACUGGCAUACACACCGCCGGCUAAUCCUGAUCCUUAUCAGCCUGCGGGAUACCCUCCCCCUCCAAUGCAGCCCCAGGCAUACCCAACUACAGCAUAUCCACACACCCAAGGAUACCCACCAGCCACUUAUCCCCCUCCACCACAAGCCCAACCCGGUUAUCCACCAGCACCUUACCCAGGGAUUUAUCCACCACCCCCAUAUUGAUGGCAGAAGAAAUGCAGUUGCUACUGAGAAUAUCCAGUGUUGGUAGUAUCACAUGUGCGGUACUUAUUUCAGCAGUAAUUAAUCUGAAACUUGUGGUCAUGGCUCUUUUCUGUUCUUCGUUUGCAAAAAUGCUUGUUUACUGAUACAGAUUGGGAGUUAAACUAGUAAAUUAGUUGCUGCAAUCAAAAAGCAAAUAAUGCUACAACCAGUUUGUGGAAA